AUGGGUUCGAAGAAACAUAAAAAAGAAUCGAAAAAGAGGAAGCACAGGAGUAGAUCCAGGUCUCCUUUGGAUGGUGAAGAGCGUGAACGAAAGAGGCACAGGAAACACAAGGACCGCAAGAAAGACCGCUCUCCGGACGUGGAGGAGGUGCCGGUGGACUCUCACUUGGAGCGAGACACGGAGCCCUCGCCCGCGCGCAGCAGCGGCUCCAGCGCUAGGAGACAUGAGGGACGAGACAAAAGCCAGGAGUCAGAACGUGACUCAUCACCCACGCCCGCCUCAGGGUCGGCUCAGGAGAGUCUCUCCAUAGAAGAAACAAACAAACUACGAGCCAAGCUGGGGCUCAAACCACUUGAAGUACCAGAGAAACCUGCUGAUGACGGUAAGUUCAAAGACGACCUGGGAGAGUUCUACCACGUGCCCGCCUCCAACAUCGCCGCGCAGAAGAAGGCCGACAAGCUGAGAGAGAAACUGGCUGAGAGGAGGGACAAGAGAGACAUCGACAAUAAGUUACAGACGUCCCUGCUGGCCGAGGGUUCUGACGAUGAAGACGCGUCCGCCUGGGUCAGGAAGUCGCGGGACAUUGAGAAACAGAAGCAGGAAGCCGCCAAGAGAGCGGCUCUGCUGGACGAAAUGGACGAGGUGUUCGGUGUGGGGGCGCUUGUGGCGGACGACCAGCAGCGGGAACGACAGGAGGCCUACCACCAGGAUCACCUCAAGGGGCUGCGGGUGGCGCACACUCUGGACGCGUUGCCCGAGGAACGUGAGACGGUGUUGACGCUGGCGGACAAGGAGGUGCUGGCGGAGGACGACGAGGAUGUCCUGGUUAACGUGAACAUUGUGGACGAUGAGAAGUAUAAGAAGAACAUCGAGGAGCGCAAGAAGGCCCGCGCGGGCUACCAGGCCUACGACGACGAGGCCGACAUACAGGCGGCGCUCGGGUACAGCAGGCCCGUGCUGGCCAAGUACGACGACGAGAUACAACCCGGCAAGGGGGACAAGACGCGGGGCUUCCUCAUAGGAGACGAGGACGCGCUCAUGGAACAGAAGCUCAAGGACAUGAUGCGAGCGGAACUGAUAGCGGGCGGUCCGGACAAAGUGUUGGAGUCGCUUCAGAGCAGCGGCCUCCGACCUGCGAGUGACUACCUGCAGCCAGACGAGCUACAGGCCAAGUUCAAGAAAGUUAAGAAGAAGGGUAAAAUACGUAAGAAGGCCAAGCAGGAGCCCAUCGACGUGGAGGAACACGAGGCGGGCUCCGUACCUCUGGACACAGACGACACAGAGAUCAGCCAGGAGGUGAGCGCGCCUGUACUGGAUGAAGACGAGGUGGAGGUGGACACGGAGCUACAGGCGGCGCUACAUCGAGCGAGGAGACUCAGGCAGGGAGGGGACCAGCACAGGACGCCUAAGGUACACAGGGGAGGGACACAGGGGAGGGACACAGGGAGGGAUACAAUAACAAGGUACACCCACAGGGAACAGGGGAGUGACACGAACAGCGAUACAAUAACAAUCAUUGUACUGUUCGUUAGAAGUCACCAACACAGGACGCCUAAGCUGGAGGAGAUCCUUGAACAAAUUAAAGAAGAGAAAACAGAAGAAAGUCAAGAGGCCGGGAGCAGCAUGGUGCUGGACGCUACGGCUGAGUUCUGUCGCACGCUCGGGGACAUACCGACAUACGGACUGGCGGGAAACAGAGAACACACCGCGGAGAUUAUGGACUUUGAUCGUGAGGAAGCUGAGCCAGAGCCGGAAAGUGGAGCGAGCGGCGGCGCUUGGAGCAGAGUGGACGUGCGGACAGACAAACCUGCGGACCUUGAACAUGAAGGAGCGACAGGCGCCGGGCUGGAGGCAGAGCCCGCGCUUGGGGCCGGCGUGGCGGGCGCGCUGCGGCUGGCGCUCAGCAAGGGAUACCUGGAGAGAGACGGCGCGCUGCCCGCCCCUAGACCCGCGCGCUCCUCACUGGCAGCACUCGCCGCGCUACACUACUCCAUCGAGGAUAAGACUUACGGCGAGGACGACAAGUACGGUCGGCGCGAGCGAGGAGGUCACUCGGGACCUCUGAGCGAGUUCAGGGAGAAGAGUGACUUCAGACCCGACAUCAAGCUAGAGUACGUGGACGACGACGGCCGGCCGCUGUGUCCCAAGGAGGCCUUCCGCUACCUCUCACACAAGUUCCACGGGAAGGGGCCCGGCAAGAACAAGCAGGAGAAGAGGAUCAAGAAGGCCGUGCAGGAGGGACUGAUGAAGAAGAUGAGCUCGACGGACACGCCUCUCAACACGUUACAGAUGCUGCAGCAGAAACAACGGGAGACACAGUCGCCCUUCGUGGUGCUCAGCGGCGCCAAGAGGGACGCGCCCAACUGA